UGUCGGUUUAUCAAAUAGCAAGAUAAGUCUUAGGGCUGCUGUAAAUGUGUGUCCUUUCUAUCUACAUUCUUCUGCUUAAACUUGUGGUUGAACUUCAUGGCAGUGUUGAGUCUGUAUAGUUUUUCAUGUCAGUUCUUCUUAGUUUUUUCUAACAUUCUGUUUUUUACAUUAUCUGAUCUGCCUUUUUUCUGUUAAUAAUCACUUAUUAUAUUUUAAUUUGUUAGCUCUCUCAACAUGCUUGCCUGUCUAUUUGGUCAGCAUGGGAGAUAUUCUAAACUUAGUGCCCAUGCCUCAUACUCAAGUUACCAGCUUUCCCUCCCUAUUCGUGGACAGUGACACACAUCCCCACUUUAACAAAUGCACAUAUGAUUUAUAACCGGCAUUUUAUGAAGCAUAAUGACACUAAAAAGACAACUAACAACUUAUCACCUUAGUUGUGUAUUAUUAGAUUGUGACAGCAAAAUACUAUUACACUUUUGACAUAUACAGAGACAUGCCUCCCAGAAGAUUACAACUAGUUAGUCUUAUAAAGCUCAAAUUUGAUAAAGAGGCUAUAGUAAAGAGUGUUUAUCUAGACGUUUAUUUCGGCAAAAGGGCUAAGUCGUUACAGGAAGACUCAGAAUGCCUCGUUUAUCGAUUUGUGUAAAUUAUUUAAUGAGCCUUAACAUUCUGCAAAAACACUUAGCAGCAUUGUGCAAUUACUCUUUCUAUAAUAUAUAUAAUACAUAUAAUGAAACCUUGAUUUACACUGGUGUGCUAAAGCCACUGGGUGAUGCUGGAGAGCUUGCUUGUUCCUUUCAUCACUUCCUGCUAGAAGUUUACAAAGGAAAAUAAUGUGGAUCUUUUGGCAUAAAGACUGCUGAGCCCAUAGCAUGGGCUGACAUCCUGGCAUGGACAAUGUGGAGCUGUCAGCCUGAAUACUGCUUAGCCAGACAGGAAAAAAUACUGAGAAUCAGAAAGGAGAAGAAUCACAAUCAGAAAAUCUGCCAAACAUCCAGGAGUAUAUUUAUAAAUGCAUUCUUUUCCAAUGGUCUUUUGUUGUUGUGUAUGUAGAACAUCCAGGGCCAGAACACGUACUUUACAGAAGACCCACCCCCCAUAAUCCCCGGCAUAAAGAGCUACUGACCAACCCACGCCAGCAUACCAGUAGCAACGCGCUCUUUGUACAUUACAUUCGCAGACCAGCCAGAGAGAGAGAGAGAGAGAGAGAGAGAGAGUAGUGGGGGAAGGAAUCAGAUACAGAAAACAAGUUAGAGUGUAUCAAAUGCUCAAGAUGAAGACGGAUGGAAAGAACAUAAGAUUAAGGGAAACAAAAAAAGAAAAGAAAUGGAAAAGGAGUCUUUCUAUUAGAUAUUUUACUGGCUAAUUCCAGCACAUUUCAAAUGGAUCUUUGCUUUAAUGGGAGCCAUUCAUCAGUGGAGUAAGCGAGUUUGUUGUCCACAUCAUGGCAUGCUGCUGCUGUCCACCUCUGUGUCUGAGAAACUGCUUCUUGCUUUCAGGUUGGUCCCAUAAAUUUUUGCAAUGAAAUGGAACUUACACUGUACACAGGCAGAUGUCAGUUCAGUUCCAAGAAAUAUGGGUAAUAGACCAACCCAUAAAGAUGUAACAACUCCUGAACUCAAUACAGUAUGGGAAGAGUACCCAUAUGCACUAACAGGAGCCAAUGAGCUCUUUCCAGGAAAUGAUAUCAUGGCCACUGGAGAUGAGGAAGUGGAAACAGAGGCUGAGGUGGAGGAUGAUGGGAUCACUGGUGAGAAUUACUGGAAGAGGAAGGAAGUUCUUCGCACUGUCUCCUUGGCUGUAGGUGAUCACUUCUCUUCAGAUGUGCUACUCCUGUUCAGUGGGAGAAGGCGCUCCAAUUUGGAGCCAGACAGUGUGCUGCAGGAGGCAUUGCGCACUAGACUGAGGGUCGUAGAGAGCAACAGCCAAGACGUCAUUCAGCUUUUUAAAGAACUCUCUGCACGCUUGGUUUCAGUGCAUGCUGAAAAAGACCAUUUUGUCAUUACUUUCAAGACAGUGGAGGAAAUCUGGAAGUUUUCAACAUACCUGGCUUUAGGAUAUGUGGCAAGAUGUUUGGAGAACUUCCUGUGUGACCAGUCUUUCUGGUUGGACCCUCUUUUGCUCAGUGAUGUAGAGAUUUGUGUGACAGUAGACGAGGAACAUCUAGCUACCCUCUAUCUGGGCCUUCUACUUCAGGAAGGUUCAUUCUUUGCUAAAGCUCUGGAUAACAGUGAGCUUUGUAUAGAAGAAGAAGACAAAUUGGUCUACAAGAAGAAUGAUCUUGUUAUGAUGAAGGAUGUUGGACAGCAGUCCAUGUGGGAGGGAAUACUGCUGUCCACAGGUCACCAUGGCCUUGUGCCUAUUCAUGCAAUGCAGCCUCUGCCAUACCCUUUCUACCAGUGGUUUCUUAGAAAGUACAAUGGCAAUGCAGGAGGGCUUUCAUCUACAAAAGGACAUAGUGACCAACCUGUAGCAACAGGAACUUGCGUAGCAGUAUUGGACCAUCACCCAGAGGCUAAAGAUGAACUGCACUUCAGUCGAGGAGAUCUAAUAGAAGUCGAAGGCUUGCUUAUUAGUUCACUGAACAUGUUCAUUGGGAGACACAUUUCUAGUGGACAGAAAGGAUUUGUCCACAUGGCCCAUGUGAGAACUGAAAAUGUCAAACCACUUGGACAAUUGGUCUUUCUGAGUGAGGAGGAGAGAGUUGCCCUCUUGCAGUUUAACCCCUGUGUUGAACAGUGCCACACUGGUCUAUUGGACAAACUCUUCUCCACUGACAUCAGCACUGUAUACAGAUUAGACAGACUGGAUGACUCAGAUUUUACCUAUAUCAGAAACCAACCAAAGCAAGAGCAGAAAACCCUAGCAGAUACCAGGAAGAGCAUUAUACUGGAGCAUAGUGGUACCCCGCCCUAUCAAUCCUCGCCUCGACCUUCUUUCUAUGCUUCUCAGAGUUGUCUUGACAGGGACAAUGAAGCCCUUUCCUUCAGCCUGGAGGACACUUUCCGUGAGAUGGAUGAGUAUGAGGAUGACCCCCCCUUUAUGGAUGAAGGCAUCUGGGAAACUGAAGAAGCAGAGUUUCCUGACCCCAUCCUAACCCUCCUCAACCUGGACCACUUCCAGGAUUCUUUUCAUGCACUUUAUGACCUCUCCUACUCCUUCUUAAAUACUGUCUUUGGUGGUCUUCCGGUGGAUGAGGUGCUUUUGAAUCUGGAAAGCUUGCGAGAAGGAGCAAAGAAAGGCAGGAUGGUGUGGGCUCAUCGACGAGCCUGCUUCCUUUUGGGCAGGUUGUGUGCCAAAAAGCUGAAGUACUCACAGGCUCGUGUUUACUUUGAGGAGGCGCUAAAUAUCCCUGUAGAGGGCUUUAAUGACACACCUCUGUUGAUUGCUCUGUAUACCAAUCUAACAGCUGUGUACCUGAAGCAGAAGAUGACAGACAAGCUGCCUUAUACAUUACAUAAAGCAAGUGCUCUUAUACUGUGCCUUCCUUUGCAUAACUUCUGCUCUCUUGAUGAGUUUGAACUGCUUAAGCCCAUUCUAUGCAAAGCUAUUGUUGACGAUGAUAAGCAUCUUGAGGCACGGACUUGUUAUUUAAUCACCUGUCUAUUUUUGCAAAACAAAAAGAUUGAGGAGGCCUUACCUUUUGUAGAAAGACUUCAGUUCCUCAAUCUCAUUCUCUCUGCAGAAAAAGGAAGGCCAAUAGGGCCAGUGGACCUUAACUGGAUUCUAUGUAGGCUGUACCACAAGAAAUAUCUACCUCACCUUUCAUUAGCCUCUCUCAGUCUCGAUUCAGCUCAGGAUCAUUCUUUGGAUAAUGGCUUUCAAAAGAUUGAACUUUUCCUGAAGAACUCAGUUAGACUGAAUCCUCGUUGGAAGGAUGGUAGUGCUCUACUCCCAGUCCAGGUGGUAGUUUAUCUUCAGCAGACAUUAUCUAUAGCCAACUGUGGAGAACACCUAAAGACUCAGAGGGACCUUUGCCUGAGUUUGGCCAGUGUCUACCAGCAGUAUGGAACUUUGGAAAGGGCAGUUCUCUAUGCCCAACAAGCAGUGCAGGCUGGGAGUCAUAUCAAUGAGGAGGAGGGCUUUGAGGCAUCAGUGCUGCUAGCUUGGCUCUUAGUGCUCACAGAAGAACCAGAUAGAGCCCAAUCUACUUUGCAACCUCUCCUUAACGCAUUCAGUAGAACAGACAGUCCAACACAAUGUGGAGUCGUCCACAAUCUUCUUGCGCUAUGUCUUCACAAACAGGGGAGGGUUAUAGAAACAGCUAAGAAUUUUCACUGUGCUCUCAAGAUUUCACAGGAAAAUGGCAACAAGCAUAAUGAAGCGCUGGCUCUGUCUAACCUGGGGUGUCUCGCCUUAUCAGUGGGAGCUCCAUGCCUGGCAGAGAGAUUUUUGCUCAGGUCUCUACACCUUUUCCAGUUUCUCUCUGACAAGCCCACAGAUGAAGAACAUGUCCAGACGUUGCUAUGGCUAGGUAGAAGCUACAAAGAUAGGGGAGAAAGCCAAAAAGUUAGAGUGUGCUAUGAGAUGGGUCUUCUGAUUGCCAUCAGUGCCAAGAACCUGCACAGUCAGAUGGUUGUAGCAAAGGUGCUCAGUCGUCUGUAUGCUGACUUAAUGUUGUAUGGGCAGUGUAUAAUUUACUACGAGCACUGUGUUGGGCUCUCAAGGGAACUGAAGGAUAAACGUCUGGAGGGAGAGUACCUGGAGAUUCUAAGUAAUCUCUACCUGUCACUUAACACUGAAAAGUCUUCACGAAAGUCCCUGGACUACAGCAAGCAAAGCCUAAGGAUUUCCAUAGAUUUAGGAAAGAAACAGGAGGAAUCAGAGACAUGGCUACAGGUGGGCCGGAUCUACUACUUGAUACAUGAGGAUGAAUUGGCAGACAUGUAUCUUCAGGCAGCUGUAAAGACUGCUCUAAAGAUAAAUGAUCCAUGCUUUGCUAUGAACAUUUAUGAAGAAGCUGGAGAUGUCUUCUUUAAAGGAUACAGAAACCGACUGGCUGCCGUUUCAUUUUUUAGAGAUGGGGGUCUGCCAUUUGCAAGAUGUCUUAAAGAUGUGCAUUCAGAGUUCAGGCUUUUGUGUAAGCUUUCUGAAUUGCUACUAAAGGAAGGCCAGCCCCAGGAGGCCCUGGAGUAUGCUACACAUGCAGUGCAAAUCAGCACGUCGACAGGUGAAUGCCUGAAUGAGAGAGUUUCCUAUCAUCGUUUAGCUUCAAUCUACUAUACUCUGGAGCAGUAUGAGAUGGCCGAGAAUUACUAUUUGAAGUCUCUGACCCUGUGUCCCACUGCUUUGGAGCAUGCAGAAGAAGCUCGCUACUAUGUUAAAGUAUACUGCCGACUAGCUGAUCUAACCCUGCACAGGAUAAAGGAUGCUUUUGAUGCCAUGGGAUAUUUUCACUUAGCUCUGGCAGCAGCUCUGGAAGAUAAAAAAAGCCUUCGGGCCAGGUACAUAAUUUACAUGAAGCUGGCUGAGAUCCAUGCGAACUACUUACCUGAUGUGGAGCUAAGCCAAAGGUAUAUGGACAGUGCAAGAACCCUAAAGCGGGAGCUGGCAGGACCCGCAGACUCAAUUGACACAGACGAUGAAUAUAUGGACCAUGCCACUACAGAGCAUGCUGAUGCUAAAUCUAUCAGUCAUUCCAGUGAUGGGUCAGGGAGCUCAAACUGCUGCAGUAGAAGCAGUACUCUUGUAGGGUCUUAUGUGGUGGACACUGGUCAUACAAUAAGUGCUCAGAAGGACGCUGGGACAGAGGCUGUUUCUGCUGAUUACAUCUGCAGAGAGGACAUGGACACCUCCAGGCCAGAAGGGAAUAAUGAUGGGACUGGACAGCAUACAAAUUCUGAAACAGGUCACACUGAUCAAACACUCCAUACCAGCCACACAGAUUCUAGCUUGCUAUGUACAGAAUUUUGAUCACCCUGCGUCAACCCUCAAGGCACUCCAUGCGAAAAUGAAAUAUGUAAAUACAUUAAUUUAUGUACCUUGUUUAUGUAAUUUCCUCUAAAUAUAGAGGAAAUGUUAACUGUUAAAAUAAUGUUCACACUUGUACUAUAAUAUAUGUAAAUAUUCCAGCCAGGAAUGUAUAUCAUUCUUAUUACAUUGAAACAAACAAAAGAAAAACCUUUUCUUUCUUUUCUACUUUUUGAAGAACUUAUUUAAGGAUGACCUAUUAAAGUCUAGUGAGUCCAUUAUUCUACUUCUUACCAUUUUUCUUUAUACAAAUAUAUUACAUACACUGCCUGGCCAAAAAGGUCACUAUUUCAGAAACAUUAAUUUACAAAAGG